AUGAAAGAUGACCCUAGUCCUUCCGGAAUCCGCCACCUUGACAUUCUGCGUCGCGUCGCCAAGGGUCAUGUUGCUUGUAUAGGCAACAACCAUAUCGUCCCGGUCCUUCAAGAAUUGACUAACGACGAACACGGGCUCACGUUCAUUGUACAACCGAAACUUUUCGAUAUUGAUGAGUUUCCUACAUGGUAUACGGCGCGUGAGGCAGCUGAUUUCGUCGUGCAGAUCUUAGAGGGUCUCGACUUCUGCCACAGGCGUCUCAUUGCUCAUCUCGAUAUAGGCUAUGGCAACAUUCUGAGCAACUUCCGCGGUGGAGCAAAAUUUCCAGUCGACUACACUCGAGGAGAUCCCUAUCCGUUUCGCUCCCAUUUUCCUGUCCGGUACUACCUCAAUGACUUCGAGAUCGGGCUCUCGUUCGAUGAAAACUCUGAUCCAUUCUCCAGAUUGAUCACGGGAAUUCCGUGGACUGCCUCAGGUAGGGAAGGGACAUACGGACGGCCUAUAGCUCCAGAGAUGACAAAACCCGAUGUGCCGUAUUGCCCUUUCCGUGCGGAUGUGUGGCAGCUUGGAACCCUGAUGAAGUCAGAGGAUUGUGAAUUCGAGAACGUAGGCGGGUUGCCCGAGUAUCAGAGUCUGCUGGAUGAGAUGGUCGCUGAGGACCCACUUGCCCGUCCUAUAAUGAGCGAGGCCCUGCGUAGAGCACGUGAGCUAAGAUUGACUCUUCCUGAAGAUCUUUGA